AUGAGUAGCAUAAGACUGAGCUUCUUGUCGGUGGGAAGAAUAGCGGCUCGGAGAAAUUCCCAGCUGACAUCGGGCGGAGUGCAGACCUGCCGCUCCGUGAGGCGCGCUUGCUCAAGACCUAUCAGCACCUGCACGGCACUUUGCAAAGGCACCAGCGAGCAGCCCCCAGGCGCCAGCGGCACGCCACACGGACCGCCCAAGGAUACCACAACAGGCCAGUCCGGCGGCGGCAAGAAGUCCGGCUCCGGCGCCAGCGGGGUGCUCACCUGCCCCAAGUGCGGCGACCCGUGCACCCACGUGGAGACCUUCGUCAGCUCCACGCGCUUCGUCAAGUGCGACAAGUGCCACCACUUCUUCGUGGUCCUCAGCGAGGUGGACACCAAGAAGAGCAUCAAGGACAACGCGGAGAACAAGUCCGGAUUCUACAGGAAGCCGCCGCCCCCGCCGAAGAAGAUCUUCGAGUAUCUGAACAAGCACGUGGUCGGCCAGGAGUACGCGAAGAAGGUGCUCUCUGUGGCAGUUUACAACCACUACAAGAGGAUCUACAACAACGUGACCAGCGGCGCCACGGCGGACGCCAACCACCCGCUGAAUCAGACGCACAGAGAUCUCCUGCACUUGGGCCACGGCGCCGGCGGCGGUGGAGCCGAGGUGCUGGAACGGCAGCAGCACGAGCUGCGACUGGACAAGAGCAACGUGUUGCUAUUGGGGCCGACGGGAUCCGGUAAGACGCUGCUCGCGCAGACGAUAGCCCAGUGCCUGGACGUGCCGUUCGCCAUCUGCGACUGCACCACGCUCACUCAGGCGGGCUACGUGGGCGAGGACAUCGAGAGCGUCAUCGCGAAACUACUGCAGGACGCCAACUUCAAUGUCGAGAGAGCGCAGACCGGUAUCGUGUUCCUGGAUGAGGUGGACAAGAUUGGCGCAGUUCCCGGCAUUCACCAACUGAGAGACGUCGGAGGCGAGGGCGUCCAGCAGGGGAUGCUGAAGAUGCUGGAGGGCUGCGUGGUGUCGGUGCCUGAGCGCAACUCGAGGAAGCUGCGCGGCGACGCCGUCCACGUGGACACCACCAACGUGCUCUUCGUCGCCAGCGGCGCCUACAACGGCCUCGACAGGCUGGUGCAGCGGCGCAGCAACGAGAAGUACCUGGGCUUCGGCGCGUGGGACCGCAGCGGCGGGCGGCGCGCCGCGCUGGCCGCCGCGGCCGCCGACGCCUCGCCGCUGCAGUCGGCCGGCGCCGAGGGCGACGAGCGCGACGCCUGGCUGCGCAAGGUGCAGGCGCGCGACCUCAUCGACUUCGGCAUGAUACCGGAGUUCGUCGGCCGCUUCCCCGUGCUGGUGCCGUUCCACAGCCUCAACCAGGACCUGCUCGUGCGGAUACUCACCGAGCCGAAGAACGCGAUGGUCGCCCAGUACAAGCUGCUGUUCGCGAUGGACAAGUGCGAGCUGUCGUUCAGCGAGGAGGCGCUCGGCGCCGUGGCCGCCCUCGCCAUGGAGCGCAAGACGGGCGCGAGGGGGCUGCGCGCCAUCAUGGAGAACCUGCUGCUGGAGGUGAUGUUCGAGAUCCCCGGCUCGGACAUCGCGGCGGUGCACAUCCACGAGGGCUGCGUGCGCCGCAGCGAGCCGCCGCGCCUCACGCGCCGCCAGCCGCCGCGAGAGCAAGACCUGCACGACUGGCCCUCCGUGCGCCUGCACAACUGUACGUGCCGCGCGACUGUACCGCGCUCUUUGAUCGACCGCGCGACUGUACCGCUAUCUGGCCUCGACCGCGCGACUGUACCGCUCCCGGUGAUCGAACGCACGACAGGCCCUCCGUGCGCCUGCACAACUGUACGUGCCGCGCGACUGUACCGCGCUCUCCGUUCGACCGCGCGACUGUACCGCUAUCUGGCCUCGACCGCGCGACUGUACCGCUAUCUGGCCUCGACCGCGCGACUGUACCGCUCCCCGGUGAUCGAACGCACGACAGGCCCUCCGUGCGCCUGCACAACUGUACGUGCCGCGCGACUGUACCGCGCUCUGUACGCGCGCUCUUUGAUCGAUCCGCGCGACUGUACCGCUAUCUGGCCUCGACCGCGCGACUGUACCGCUCCCGGUGAUCGAACGCACGACAGGCCCUCCGUGCGCCUGCACAACUGUACGUGCCGCGCGACUGUACCGCGCUCUUUGAUCGACCGCGCGACUGUACCGCUAUCUGGCCUUGACCCGCGCGACUGUACCGCUCCCGGUGAUCGAACGCACGACAGGCCCUCCGUGCGCCUGCACAACUGUACGUGCCGCGCGACUGUACCGCCGCGCUCUUUGAUCGACCGCGCGACUGUACCGCUAUCUGGCCUCGACCGCGCGACUGUACCGCUCCCGGUGAUCGAACGCACGACAGGCCCUCCGUGCGCCUGCACAACUGCCCUCCGUGCGCCUGCACAACUGUACGUGCCGCGCGACUGUACCGCGCUCUUUGAUCGACCGCGCGACUGUACCGCUAUCUGGCCUCGACCGCGCGACUGUACCGCUCCCGGUGAUCGAACGCACGACAGGCCCUCCGUGCGCCUGCACAACUGUACGUGCCGCGCGACUGUACCGCGCUCUUUGAUCGACCGCGCGACUGUACCGCUAUCUGGCCUCGACCGCGCGACUGUACCGCUCCCGGUGAUCGAACGCACGACAGGCCCUCCGUGCGCCUGCACAACUGUACGUGCCGCGCGACUGUACCGCGCUCUU